AUGUUCAAUCUCAACAUCGUCAGUUACACGAACCAGCUUAAAAGUUCCACAAUUUUGUCUCUUUGUCGACAAGUCACGUGCCAGAGCAGUUAUUACCGAACCUGUAGAUUUCUAUCCAGUGAAAAAAAGGCUGAAACACCAACGAGCAAACCACCUAACGAAACAAAUAAUAUUAUUGCUUCCGAGCUUGCCCUUAUAAAAAGAUGUAAAACACCUCCAGAAGAAAAGGAAACACCAAAACUACAGACAGUACGUGUAUAUCGUUGGAAUCCAGAGAAACCAAAUAUCAAGCCGUACAUGCAACAGUUCUCUGUGGAUUUAAAUAAAUGCGGUACAAUGGUGUUGGACGUGUUAACGUUAAUAAAAGCACAGCAUGAUCCCACAUUAUCCUACCGCAGAUCAUGUCGCGAGGGCAUUUGCGGUAGUUGUUCGAUGAAUAUAAAUGGUGUCAAUACUUUGGCCUGCAUCACAAAAGUGAAGGAAUCACCGAAGCCAAUAGUUAUAUACCCUUUACCGCAUGCAUAUGUUAUCAGAGACUUGGUAACGGAUAUGGAAGAAUUCUUGAAGCAAUAUCAGAGUAUCGAACCAUUUUUAAAGCGUCCGGGUGAAGAAAAUUUCGUAGGUAUCCGACAAGUCCUACAGAGUCAAAGAGACAGAGAUAAAAUCAAUGGUUUAUAUGAAUGUAUACUCUGUGGGUGCUGUACCUUCGCCUGUCCACCUUAUUGGUGGCUCGGUGAUAAAUACCUGGGACCUGCAACUCUUUUACAGGCAUACAGGUGGAUAAUAGAUUCACGCGAUAUGGCACAUAAAGAAAGACUCAGCAAAUUACGAGAUUUUUACUCGGUAUAUCGAUGUCACACAAUUUUUAACUGCACGAAAACAUGUCCGAAGGGUUUAAAUCCCGGAAAAGCAAUAGCCGAAAUAAAACGUUUGUUAGCGGGACUUGCCAAAAAAGAACAACCGGAUAUGGAAACUCCACUUCCCAAUCCCUGCAACGGUGAGGAAAUAUAUCAAUGCAGGGAGGAGUAA